CAAAGCCAAAGGAUAGCUGCCCCUCCCCAGGCUUGCCAAUUUACCAUCUUUGGCAAAGGGAUUUGGGGGGCCUGGGGGUAGAACAACGGCAACAACCACAUACCCACACACACUACGCACCCUCUCUGAUGGGAGCCGAUGCCAGCCACGAGAAAGCCCAGGACCCCACCAUUGGUGGCUCCCCACCUCACCCCCAUUCCACCUCGGUGGCCAGAACCCAACCCAAGGGCCCGGCCGUGGGGAUUGACCUGGGCACCACGUACUCCUGUGUGGCAGUCUGCCGGAAUGGGGCAGUGGACCUCAUUGCCAAUGGACACAGCAGCCGGACCACCCCCAGCUGCGUGGCCUUCACCCAUCGAGAGCGGCUGGUAGGAGAACCGGGGGAGACCCAGGCAGGCCUCGACCCAGAGAACACAGUCUUCUGCAUCAAGCGGCUGAUCGGCCGCAGGUACAAUGACCCAUCCAUACAGCUGGACCUGAAGAAUUUCCCUUUCCGAGUCAUUGAGAGCAGCUACGGUGGGAAAGUCAAAGUUCAAGUGGUGGACAGAGGGCUGGAGAAGUCCUUCUACCCCGAGGAGAUCUUGGCCAUGGUCAUCUCCCGACUGAAGCAGCUGGCCGGAGCCUACCUGGGCCGCCCAGUCACUCAGGCCGUCAUCACUGUCCCAGCCUACUUCGACGAUGCCCAGCGCCAGGCCACCGUAGACGCUGGAGCCAUCGCAGGACUCAAGGUCUUGAGGCUGAUCAACGAACCUGCAGCGGCCGCCAUCGCUUACGGGCUGAACAACAGCAUCAAGCAGGCAGAGAAGAGAAGCAUCCUCGUCUUCGAUUUGGGUGGAGGGACCUUCGACGUCUCCGUCCUCACGGCCCAAGACGGUGUCUUCAAAGUGGUGGCCGCGACCGGGGACACCCACUUGGGCGGCGAGGAUUUCGACCGACGGUUGGUCAACCAUCUUGCCCAGGAGUUCCAGAAGCAACACAAGGAGGACCUCAGCCAGAGCAGGAAGGCCAUGCAGAGGCUGAAGGCGGUGUGCGAGAAGGCCAAGCGGACACUGAGCUCCCAUGUCACCGCCGUUGUCGCUGUGGACUCCCUCUACAAGGGGAUAGACUUCCACGCAACUGUCACCAGGGCCACCUUUGAAGACCUGUGCUCCGACCUCUUCCAGGCCACCUUGCUCCACGUGGAGAGAGCCCUGGACGAUGCGAGGCUGAAAAAGGCCCAAGUGGACGAGGUCCUGCUUGUGGGAGGUUCCACUCGCAUUCCCAUGAUCCAGAGACUCCUGUCACAGUUCUUUGAUGGGAAGGCCUUGUGCAAGGCCAUUGACCCGGAUGAAGCAGUGGUCCAGGGAGCAGCCAUUCAAGCUGCCAUCUUGACUGGCCACCGGUACCAGAACCUCCAGAACCUCCUCCUCUUGGACGUUACGCCAGUUUCCUUGGGCCUGGAGACAGUUGGGGGCGUGAUGGAUGUCUUGGUCAAGCGCAACUCCCCUAUCCCUACCAAGGAGACCCGGAACUUCUCCACCACGGAGGACAACCAGAGCAGCAUUUUCUUGAAGAUCUAUGAAGGCGAGCGGACCUUGACCAAGCACAACCGUCUCCUGGGGACACUGACGUUGAAUGGACUCCAGCCGGCCCCCCGUUGCGUGCCGGUCAUCGUCGUCACUUUCCAUAUCAACCAGAACAACAUCCUCACCGUCUCGGCCAUGGAAAAGAGCACAGGCUAUGCCAACCAGCUCAAGGUGACAGACACCCGUGGGCAGCUGGACCGGGAAGAGAUGGAGCGCAUUAUCCACGAGGAGGAAGAGUACCGGAAGCAAGAGAAGGCCGAGCAGGAGAAACUGGAGGCCCUGAACUCCUUGGAGUCCAGCACUCUCCAGCUGAAGCGGGUGGCGGUCCAGGAGGCGUCGCUGGACGACCGCGCCAAGAGGCGGGUGCUGGAAAUAUGCGAAGAGAUGGAUGCUUGGGUGGAAGGCAACCCGUGCGCACCGAAGACGGAGCUGGAGGAGCGGAAGAGAGAGCUGGAAGAUCUCUGCUACUCUGUCAUCACACAUUUCAGCACAGAAGGAGAAAAACCAUAAGCACGCAUCCACCAUGCGUGAGCCUUGAGGAGAGCAGGGAGGGUGUUUCCAAAUUUCUGGGUAGGUUGUGAUAAAACACAUUAAAACAAAAACAGAAAGAA